AUGCCCGCAGUGAAAGUGUUCAAUAUAUUCGGCGGGCAGAAGUCAUCUGAGAAGCACCCUGCCGCUCCUUCUGCGCACAAUAAGGCUAUGCAAAAACUCUACAGGACCUUUUCAGUCGGUUCCGAAAACUCGAGCGAACUCAAAGGCGGGAAAGUGACUGCGAUUGCCGCCUGUUUAGAGAAACGGAUUGUUAGUGAACCCCUUGUGAAAAAUUGUAGUGAUAACGUGCAGAAAAAUUCUCCUAUUAUUGAAAUAAGCAGUCAUAUCGCGACCGGUAAAUUAGCUGUUUCUAAGAGUCAGCGUGUAUAUGAAAAUGUAAACAUACCAAUUAUAAACACAGGUGUAAAAAAUAAAUUGCGGGAAGAGACAAAAGGCUAUUCAUCGAUAUAUGAAAACGUUACUUUUCUGGAUAAGCAAAAAAACGAUAAAAUAGACAGUGAUUCUAAUGAAUCUAAAUUAAACAAGGCUUUGGAAUCUUUUGAUAAAAUUUUGUCAGAAUUUUCUUCAAGUACUUCACUCAGUGCUGAUGUUAAUUACAGUAGUACGUUUAUUGUGCCUAAAUUACAAAAAUCUAAAACUUGUAGCAUAAUUGAAUCCCGUUGUAUUUUAAAAAAGUCUAAUUCUGACCCGGAAAGUGACAAUAAGUUACGAAAUAAAGUGACUAGAAAUAAAUCAAUUGAUAAAACAACGAGCCUCUGGAAUCUUGACGAUAUGAAAAGUAAGGAAUUAUUAUCUCCAUUAAUGCCAUUCCCAUCAAUACAGAACGAAAAAAAUAAUUCUGAUAAAUAUGCAACGUACAAAAUUUCCUCAAAAAAUACUUCCCGGCCUAACUGCAUUAAAACAGAGGACUUAAAGAAGCUUGACGUAAAAACAAGAAUUCUUAAAAAGACUUUGUCAAACCCUCCUUCAACGCCAGUUCCGGUUAUUACGAAAACGAAACCAGUGCCAAAAAAGAUUGAAAAGAAAAUUAGCGAUCCAAAGAAAAUAAAACCAAAAGUAGUUAUUGAAAAAACAAGAACGAGCACAGAAUGCAAAGAAAUGCCAAAAUCACAAAUGCAAAAAGCUAAAAGCGUAUGGGAAAUUGGAAAUGAAACCGUAAUUACAACCAAUCUGGAACGAACAAAAUCAACUACUUCUAUCGCGGGCUCUCCCAGUAAGAUCCCGGUGAUCAGAAGUCAAAUGUCGCAGAACAAAUUCAGUAGCACAAGAGCGCUAUUUUCACCCACUCCUGUUGAUCUAAAUAAUGUAGACCAAGCCAGAGAGUGUGCUCAGAAAAAAAAGUCAACUGCGUCAAGAAAAACUUCAGAAAAAUUCGAACCAAAGCAAAUAAAACAAAAAUCUCAGCUUAGUUUGAAGACUGAUUCCAAACGACAGUGUGACAAAACCAAAAGAGAAAUUCUGGACAAAAAACAAACCUCAUCUCCAAAGUUAUCGAUAAGGAAUUACUCCGAUGAAAUAAACGCAGUGCGAGCAAAGCUCCAAGAGAAAAAAAUAAAUAACAAAAGAGAUCUAGUCGUCGCAAUGCCAGAGGCUAAACGAAGUGGAAACGAACCAGAAGAAAUCGAUUCGACAUUGUCACCUGUUAAGUAUCUUGUGAAGAAAUUGGAAUAUAAGACCGCUUUAGAAUCCAAAAGUGAACCCACACAGUUUCUUAAUUGUAAAGUAAUUCCGGCAAUACAUAAGGAGGUGUGUGUGGCAAACACUACUUUCCAUAAUCACUUGAGCACACUCGUAGGCCGUCAAGUUAAAUAUAUAGAACCGCGAGAUGACACCAAAAUAUGCACGCAGAUUGAAAAGAUGGAUUUACAUAAGAACAUUAUGGAAAAGAUUUCCGAUACACACUCCGACUGCAGCGACGACUCGGGUCACGUUUCCAACGACGCUGGUAACGAUAACGAUGCUGUGUUCGAUAACGUGCAUGAUUUGAAUAGUGGUGUGGAUGAAGUGGACUGUAAACUUUUUAAAGGACCCAAACAAUACGGGAUAGAAUUACCCGAGCAUGCGAAAAGUGUGUGUCCCGUGCGGCCGGCGAGACGAGGCGGGCGGGGCAACGAGGUCGUUAGCGGUACUCAAGCCACCGACGUUCCGAAAGUGGACGAGCAGAUUAUGUUCCGCGGCGGCGUGGUGGGCGGACUGGAUGCACGCCGCGACGCCGCGCUCGCCCGGGUGCUGGUGCGCCUGCAGGCCAGAGCUCGAGGGCUGCUCGCUCGCCGACGUGCUCAGCGCCUGCGCACUCAGCAUACUGCCGCCCGAUGUGUGCAACGAAACGUACGAGCUUUCCUGGCUGUGCGCGACUGGCCCUGGUGGCGGCUUCUCGUCCGCGUCACACCGCUGCUGGCCGUCCACCGAACCGAACAUAGGCUCAAGCAAGCACAGGAAGAGUUGGAAACAUUACGUGCAAAAUUGGAGAAGGUUGAGGGGGAGCGUACUCACUACAAGAACGAAACAGAGAAACUUGAAACUAAGGUAAGAUUAUUUAAUAAAAUAUCAUAG